UUCAGGCCGAGACGGGCUCCCAGAGGGUUCUCAAUCAGAGCACGCGCACCAUGCUGCCCUGCCUCACCCUGCUUUUCCUGAUAGGGCCGUCCGUAUGCAACACAACAGGUGACAGUGGAGAGGAACUGGCACUCAGCGCCGAAGCAGGGCCCUGGGUGACUCUGAUCCUAGAGGAGGUUGUUGUCCCCAGCAUUCAGCUCCAGCCGCAGGAGGGGAAGAGGAGCAAGGCAAACCAGUUCUUUGGGCUGAUGGGGAAGCAGGUGGAAGGAAUACCUCCCAUCCAGCCAGAGAGAGCAGGCACAGAGGAUGAGGACCCAGGUUCAGAGUGA